CCCUACGCGACAAAGAGAGCCUGCUGAGGGUUACGAGUAUGUCGGCCUUUCCUGCAGCGAAAAAGAGCGAGUUGGUAAAAAGCCUCUCGCCGCCACAGCAUCCUCCAUUCACCAGCAGUCCGGCGGGCGGUGACGCCACUGCAGGGCGGGACAAGAAUUCCAACUCCGGACUACUUCGCACUCGACGUGGAGAAGACCGCACUGCGAGCUGGACGCCGUCUGGAAUUUCAGGCGAACCGAGAGCCCACCUUUCGCUGACUGACCAUCCUCAGGUCAAUCACAGAAAAAUGUCUGGCAAAAUAUCAAAUGAGGAACUGGAGGACAUGCAGGAGAUAUUUAGGAAGAUUGAUCUGGACCACGAUGGUUUCAUCAAUGAUUAUGAACUCACCGAAGUCCUGAAAGAGACUGGCCUUCCGCAGCCAGGUUACAAGAUCAGAGAUAUGAUCAAGAAACUGGAUCGCGAUGACGACAGCAAGAUCAGCUUCAAAGAGUUCCUUGCGAUUGUGAACGAGCUGAAGGGCAGCGAAGUAGCAAAAACUUUCCGCAAAGUCAUCAACAAAAAAGAUGGCAUCCUCGCCAUUGGAGGCAUGUCGGAGCUGUCAAGUGAAGGAACACAACACUCGUACUCCGAGGAGGAACGAUUCGCUUUUGCCAAGUGGAUCAACAGCGCUCUGGAAAAUGACCCUGACUGUCAACAUGUCCUGCCCAUGGAUCUCAACACAGACUCUCUGUUCACAUCCGUAGCUGACGGUAUCUUACUCUGCAAAAUGAUCAACCAAUCAGUGCCAGACACCAUUGACGAGAGGACCAUAAACAAGAAGAAGCUCACACCCUUUACAGUACAGGAGAAUCUUAACUUGGCGUUGAACUCCGCCUCGGCCAUCGGCUGCCACGUUGUCAACAUCGGCGCUUUAGACUUGAAGGCUGGCAAACCCCACCUCGUGUUGGGCCUGCUGUGGCAGAUCAUCAAGAUCGGGUUGUUUGCCGACAUCGAGCUCAGCAGAAAUGAAGCCUUGGCAGCGCUGCUGAGGGAGGGCGAAACCCUGGAGGACUUGAUGAAGUUGUCCCCUGAAGAACUCCUGCUCCGCUGGGCUAACUUCCAUCUGGAGAACGCCGGCUGGCAGAAGAUCAACAACUUCAGCUCUGACAUCAAGGACUCAAGGGCUUACUUCCACCUCCUCAACCAGAUCGCUCCAAAAGGUACAGAGGAAGACAAGCCGGCCAUAGACAUCAACAUGUCGGGCUUCAGUGAGAGAGACGACAUGAAGAGGGCGGAAGCUAUGCUGACGCAGGCCGACCGGCUCGGCUGUCGACAGUUCGUCACUCCGGCUGAUGUAGUCAGCGGCAACCCCAAACUUAAUCUGGCCUUUGUGGCCAAUCUGUUCAACAAAUACCCUGCUCUGACCAAACCUGAGAACCAGGACAUCGACUGGAACCUUCUGGAAGGUGAGACACGAGAGGAGCGGACAUUUAGAAACUGGAUGAACUCCCUGGGCGUGAACCCAACCGUCAAUCAUCUCUAUGUAGACCUGCAAGAUGCCAUUAUCAUCCUGCAGCUCUACGAGAAGAUUAAAGUAGAGGUUGACUGGAACAACAAAGUCAACAGGCCUCCAUACCCUAAGCUGGGAGUCAACAUGAAGAAGUUGGAGAACUGCAACUACGCCGUGGAACUCGGCAAAAUGUCCAAGUUCUCCCUGGUCGGCAUCGGCGGGACGGACUUGAACGACGGCAAUGCGACGCUCACCCUGGCGCUGGUGUGGCAGCUCAUGAGAAGGUACACUCUUAAUGUACUGGCGGAACUGGGUGGUGGGGAGAAGGUCAAUGAUGACAUCAUUGUCAGAUGGGUCAACAAAACAUUGGCAGAAGCUGGAAAGAAGACCAAGAUUUCAAGCUUUAAGGACAAGGAGAUCAGCAACAGUCUGGCAGUACUGGAGCUGAUCGACGCGAUUCAGCCCGGCAGCAUCAACGCUGACCUGGUGAAAACGGGACACCUAUCUGAAGAUGACAAGCUGGAGAAUGCCAAAUAUGCCAUUUCCAUGGCGAGAAAGAUUGGAGCACGUGUCUACGCCCUCCCCGAGGACCUUGUGGAGGUCAAGCCCAAAAUGGUGAUGACUGUCUUUGCGUGCCUGAUGGGUCGAGGGAUGAAGCGAGUCUAAAGAAGACUGGCUGUGAUCAUUUGUGACACUUGCUGCCACCCGCACGACAGCCAUCUUUUUGGAACAUCCCCUUUUUCCCCAGCCCAGCCCCGCAUCGCCGCCUGAAGGAUUAUCGUGAAGAAGAUUGAAAACGCAUCAAAUUGCAGGUAUCGCUGCCUUUUCGGAAGACUGGAGGUUUCAUGAAGAACGACGUGCUCUUGUUUAAAAAUGCCAUACUCG